UGUCACGUGCUGGGGCGUGGCCGCGGGACUGUCACGUGCCGGGGCGGGGCCGCGGUCACGUGUCGGGGCCAUGGCGGUGUUGGGGUACUGGGACAUCCGCGGGCUGGCCCACGCCAUCCGCCUGCUCCUGGAGUACACGGAGACCCCCUACGAGGACAAACUCUACAGCUGCGGGGAAGCCCCCGACUACGACAAGAGCCAGUGGAUCAACGAGAAGGAGAAGCUGGGGCUGGACUUUCCCAAUCUGCCCUAUUUCAUCGAUGGCCCCGUGCGGCUGACGCAGAGCAACGCGAUCCUGCGGCACAUCGCCCGCCGGCACCGCCUCUGUCAGUGCCGGGGGGAAUGGGGUUGGAUUGGAGCUGGGGUUGGAUUGGGAUUGGGGUUGGGGUUGGAUUGGGGUUGGAAUUGGAUUGGGCUUCACUUCGGGUUGGAAUUGGGGUUGUGGUUGGAGUAGGGUUAGGGUGAGGUG